CACAAUGCACGGCGGGGCCGGAGAGCGGUAGCUGAGCGGCCGCCAUGUUGUGAUCGUCUCUCGUAGUUUUCCCUUCCCCCCUCUUCGCUGCAGCUCGGCCCGUCCCGGUUAGGCGCAGAGGACACCGCACCGACAGACGACCGGAUCUAAUCUCGAGUCUAUGUGAGAGGGGAGAGUCCGGAGCAGCAUGGCCGCUAUGCUGGAAGACGACGACUUUGAUCAGUUUGAUAAGCCUGGCGCAGAAAGGUCUCGGAGGCGAAGAACGAAGGAUGAUGACUGGGACAGUGAACUAGAAGAUGAUCUGCUUGAGGAGGACUUCUUACCUGGAAAGAAGACUUCUCUGGAUCUGUCAGAUGAAGAACUUAAUGAUGAUCUUCUCCAAAGCGAUGAAGAGGAGCUGGACUUAGCCAAUUACAGUUCACAAGGAGUAACAGUUAGUCUUAAUGCAACCACUGGUGGCUUGUCAUCCUUUGACCUUUCUAAAAGCAUCAAUGAGGAGAAUGUGGCAGAAGAAGCUGAAUUUGAAGAAGAGACAGAAGAAAUUUAUGAGGAAACAGAAGAACUGGAAACUGGUACUGAAGAUGUGGGUCAGGCCUACGAAGAGAGCUACGAGGUAGCCGAUGAGCAUGUAGAAUAUGAAGAAGAGGAAACCACAGAUGAGGUGCUAGACCUUGAGAUCAAUGAACCUCUGGAUGAAUUUCAAGAUGAAGAAUAUUCUCAAUCAUUCAAAAGGCAAAAAACUAGUGAAGAACAACCACUCUAUGUGGAGGACACAGCUGAAGAACACUAUAUGGAGGACACAGCUGAAGAGCAGUAUGUGGAGGACACGGCUGAAGAACAGUAUGCGGAGGACACAAUUGAAGAUGUACAGGAACAGGAAUCACAAGAGCUUGUCAAUGAAUCUGAGGAGGUGGUCCACGACUCACAGGAGCUCCCCUCACAAACGAAAGAAUCUUUCGAUGAAGAUGACGAAGAUGAAGAGGAGGAGGAGAGUGGUCGCUUACGCUUUAAGACUGAACGUAAAGAAGGGACAAUAAUACGUCUUUCCGACACAAAUCGAGAAAGGCGCAACAUUCCAGAAACUUUAGAGCUUUCUGAAGAAGCCAAGGCCUCUCUGAUGGAGUUUGAAGAGAUGGAACGUCAGCGCAAAAUGGGACACUAUGGUGCCCGGAGAGGUGGCAGGCGAGGGGGCAAUCAUGGAAUGCAUCGUGGCAUGAGAGAUCAAAGAAAUGACCAUGACAGACGGAACAUGAGAGAGCGUCAUAACCAAGGGCAGCCUGUGCGCAGCCUGUUCCAACAGCAGCAGCAUCAGCAUAUACAGCCGCUUCUUCCAAUGCCUCGAUCUAGGAACCUGUCAUCAUCCAAUGGGCAGCAGUCACCACGACUGGAAAAGUCAAGAAUGGGGAAUAACACUCUUUUGGCAACACCCCAACAACAGCCUAAAAAUAUUCAUAUUAAUCCACAUUUUAAGGGGAAUGUGGCUCCAGUCCAAGUUCCCCUUCUGCCUGUCCCAAACCAAUCUCGUCCACCCAUGGGGCCACCUAGGUUUCCUGGCAUGCCAGAAUUUCAGCCUCCUUCAAGUCCUGUGCCGGGUAAUUUCAAUCAGCCACCAAGGCUGCAGGAGCCAUGGAGAAAUCCGCCACCGCCUCCACCACCGCAACCGGAGCGAGAACCGUUCUUCAUGGGAGAGCCACGCUUUCCCAACCACCAUAUCUUUGAUCAAAGAAAUCCUCCUCCUGGUCCUCCUCCACCUCUUAUGAAUACCAACCACCCAGUUCCUAACCAAAAUGUUCCACCAUUCAAUCCGCCUGGACAAGGUUUUAACCAGCUGCCCCGAUUCAAUCAGCCCCCACCUGGACCACAGCCAGGAUUUAAUCCGCCCGGACCACAAGGAGGCUUUAAUCAGCCUGGCUUCAACCAACCAGGCCCUCAGUCAGGGUUUAACCCACCUGGCCCUCAACCUGUGUUUAACCCUUCAGGUAACCAACCAGGAUUUAACCCACCAAAUUUUGGCCAGCCAGGACCACAACCAGGAUUUAAUCAAUCUGGUCCUCCGCCACCCUUUAAUCCACCAGGACCUAACCAGCCUGGUUUCAACCAGUUAAACCCUGGACCACAGCCAGGAUUUAACCAACCAGGGUCUGGUCUUCCACACAACUUCCCUCAGCCUAGCCCUGGACCACAGCCAGCAUUUAACACCCCAGGAUUUUCUAGAGAGCGCCCCGUUCGCAUGAACAUGCCUUCUCCAAAUCCACUGGGAAUGCCUCCUUUCAACCAACCUUCGGGCAACAUAAGACCUUUUGCUCCACCAAGGCAGCAGUUUCCUUCAGGCCCAGGACAACCAUUCAUGCCCCAUUCCCAGUCAAAUAUGCAGGGCAAUAUGCAACUUCCAAUACAGCCAUUACACCAACAUCACCAUCACGGGGGGCCACCAAAGCCUCUGGGUUCAACGCAACAACCAUCUCCGUUUAGAGCACAGACUCCCCAGACACAUUCCCAUAGAAUGUCUGGGCAACAAAGACAUGGACCUCCAAAGCCAAGACAGGGUACUUCAGGUCAGAAUAUGGCAAAAGUUCACAAUCCACAAGCACUGCAUCAGAGGAACAGCAAUCUAAGAGAGUUGCCUAUUGCGCCUUCCAACCCAGCUGCGGAUAUGAACAAGAGAAGGGCGGCUCAGGUUAAGCCUCUUGGAACCGCAACACCACAAGCAAAGCCAGAAAAUGUUGGUGUUACACAAGCAAGCAAAUCUCUGAGCACUCCCAGCCAGGUUAAGCAAGAACCUAAGGUUGAAGAGCAGUUCCCUGAAGAAGAUGAAGAGACUAGAAAAUACCGCUUGAAGAUCGAAGAACAGAAGCGCUUAAGAGAGGAGAUUUUAAGGCAAAAGGAGCUAAGGCGGCAGCAACAGGCUGGGGCGAGGAAAAAAGAACUGCUUGAAAGGCUUUCCCAGCAGCAGCAAAUGCCCAACACAGCCCAGCAGGCCCCAUUGGAGGCCGAUAAACAGACAGUAAAGGUGGAAAAUAGCAGUAAUCCUAUAAUGACUCAUGUGACUGAACAGCCCCGGCCAAAUGUGAAAAAUAGACUUGUAGCUAAGAAAUCGGACUCGUUGGUUACGAUGACCCCACAGAAAAUCCCUCUUCUGCAGAGCGCUGGACCCAGUGCAUCAAAACAGGGUUUGCAGAAGAAAGGGAUUAGGCAGAAUUUACCAAAUAGAGUAACAGUGGAGAACCAGUCAGGAAACAUGCAACCGGUGCGCCCCGCUGGCACUGCUACCCCGUUUGGGCAACAACAGACUUUAAAAAUCGCUUCAGUUCAGGGGAGGCCGCAGGAGCAAAGACCUACAGGUGCGAAGAGGACAGUCAUGCAGAGGUCAAACAGCAACAGUGGCGACCAAGCGCACCUAGCCACCAAAGUCCGCGUCAUAAAGAUGUCUGGACCGGGGGAGAAUGUAGCCGUGCAAGCCACAGAAAGCAGUCCGCAAGUGCACAUUUCACAGACCAGAGUCCAUCCUCAACAAAGGAUAUCCCCUCAGCAAAGGCAACAGUAUCAACAGCGGAUGCAGCAGAAGACAGGGCCUGUGAGGAAAGUGACUCUGGGGAAAGGAAGCGUCCAGCAGCAACAGAACCUGCCUUAUCAGCAGCAGUAUCAGGUCAACACCCGUCCACUGACUUCUCUGACAGAGUCCGCAUCCCCCCAAGUGGUGAAUAGUAUCCAUGGACUACACCCACCCAAUAAGGUUAUUAUGCGAGGUAGAGGCAGAGGUGCUAGUGGACAGAUGGGCCGAGGACGCCCGAUGCCAAACAAACAAAACCUUCGCGUGGUGGAGUGCAAGCCUCAGCCUUGUGUCGUGUCAGUUGAAGGACUUUCUUCGUCAACCAAUGAACACCAAUUGAGAAAUUUGCUGAUGUCGGUAGGACCAAUUCAGAAUCUUCAGAUGUUUCCUGUUCAGAGAAAAGCCAUAGCAACGUUUGAGAGUCCCCACCACGCUUCACAAUUUCAGCAAAGGUUCCACAGGCACAUGAUAGACUUGUCACACAUCAACGUAUCUCUGGUUACCGAAUGAACUAAGCAGUAUACAGCCGACACGGACUGACCGUCGGAAGAAAAGGGACUACCGGACACCGCAAUGUCUCCUUUUCUAGUUCGGAUUUGCUGACUGGAGAAAACAGCUCAGAGGAGACUUGUUGGAGUCGAAACUAUAAGACUGAUAUUUGCUCAGUAGACUUUCCCACGUGGAUCGUAGCUAUAUUGUGUUUUGUGGCUCUUGCAUGUAAGGCUAUCGCUGUGAAAGAUUCACUUCAGACUUGGCGAGAAAAAAGAGAUCACAGGAGACGUUAUUUGUAGAAAAGAAUGCACCAUAAUGGUUACUCUUAUCCUCGGGGCAUAUGUAACCCCACCACCUACAAACUCACUACACACCAUUCUGCAUUUAGGAUCUUCAUGACUAUAGACAUUUUACUAGCAUCCAAGUCCUUUUAGAGGUUAUGGUUGGACCUAGUUACUAGCUUUUAUUCUAUUGCAUGUGGUAAAGGCAUCAGAGUUGGUGUCCUCGAAAUCUUAUACGUUGUGGCCAUCAAAACAUACUAUAUAGGAUUUUUUUUUUAAGGAUUCAGGUUGGGAACACCAGGAAGUUUUACGUAGACAGGAAUACCAGUUUGGGAUUUGUUCUUGAAGAGAUGACCUGGAGUGGUGACAGGAUUGGCGCUAUCAUUUCCACCAGUAGACAUGAAUUGUUUGCCUGAGAUGCCAGAUGUAAGGUCCUUACUCCCAUACGUAGCUGGGGUAGAUACGUGUAUUCACUAGCUUAGACCAAUGGCUCAGGUCUUUGAAGUGAUGAUGACGGCCAUUAAGACACCAGCUCGUCGUUGGUAUAUGGGAUUUAGCAACCGUGGGAGAGAUUCAUCAAGACCUGUCCUGAGGAAAAGUUGCCCAGUUGCCCAUAGCGACCAAUCAGAUCGCUUCUUUCAUUUUUAAACUGGCCUCUGUAAAAUUAAAGAAGUGAUCUGAUUGGUUGCUAUGGGCAACUGGUCAACUUUUCCUCAGCGCUGGUCUUGAUGAAUCCCCCCCCCCCAAUAUCCCAAGCAAUAGCAGUCAUACUCAGCUUUUCUUCUGUAAUGUUUAAGGUGACAUCACUAAGGUGACAUCACUAACAAAACCUACUUGAAGAAAAGUCGGUGGCACUCCAAAUCGGUGAAAACAAAAAAAGGGACAUUUAUUCACUCCCUCAUAGAGCUACCUUUCGGCAAGGCUUGAGAAUGGCAGCGUGAGGUUGCCGAAACGUAGCUCUAUGUGGGAGUGAAUAAAUAUCACUUAUUUUUUUUCACCGAUUUGGAGUGCCACCGACUUUUCUCCAAGUACAUAGCUUUGGGUCCCCAACCAGGAUCAAUGGCGGAAGGCACCCGUGCAUAUUUUAAUAAGGAGUGCUACCUUCUCUACUUAAAACCUAAGUAGGACAGCUAUCGCUUGGGAUAUGAGGGGAGAUCCAUCAAGACCUGUGCUGAGGAGAAG